GACGUCGCAGGAGCGAGCGCCCGGAGCGCGGUGCGCGCAGUAUGGCGGGAGCGGAAGGAAGUUCGAAGCUCCUGUUGCCGCCGCUGACACCCCCGCCCGGGAUGGCGGAAGUGGAGGCGCCGACGGCAAUUCACAAGGACCAGACGCAGUGUGCCGCCGUCAUGGACGUGGAGCGGAGCCGCUUCCCCUACUGCGUGGUCUGGACGCCCAUCCCGGUGCUCACGUGGUUUUUCCCCAUCAUUGGCCACAUGGGCAUCUGCACUUCCACAGGCAUCAUCAGGGACUUCGCUGGCCCCUACUUUGUCUCGGAAGACAACAUGGCCUUUGGGAAACCAGCCAAGUACUGGAAGCUGGACCCUGCACAGGUCUACGCCAGCGGGCCCAAUGCAUGGGACACGGCUGUGCACGACGCCUCUGAGGAGUACAAGCACCGCAUGCACAAUCUCUGCUGUGACAACUGUCAUUCCCAUGUGGCACUGGCCCUGAACCUGAUGCGCUACAACAACAGCACUAACUGGAACAUGGUCACGCUCUGCUUCUUCUGCCUGCUCUAUGGGAAGUACAUCAGCUUCGGAGCCUUCGUGAAGACCUGGUUGCCCUUCGUCCUCCUCCUGGGCAUCAUCCUGACCGUGAGCCUCGUCUUCAACCUACGGUGAUGGCAGUCUGGGACCGCAGCCCGCGGGGAGCCUGAGGAGGCAGAGGUCAUCUCUUUGCAUUCCAGAUUCUCUCCGCUCACCCAAAAGGCGGGACAGGCCUGCUAGUUUGACCCUGGGAUCUGGGUUAAUCUGAGUAAAGACUGAGGAGGAGCCUGGGGCUGAGGGGUGUUUGUUUACGUGUUUCCUGUUUACUCAAUACCCCUACCCUCCCCCCACCUUCUUGAGACACCCUCUCCGUUGUUCCUCUUUGAGCCACCCCUGUAGAUCUUGAACCAUUGCGUCCUGGGCCUCCACCCUCUGCCCAGUGCCUGGGGGGCGGGGGACACCAUGGCCAGCCCAGGACUUAGAGCCUGACUUUCCGGGGCGGGUGGAAGGAUACUCUCAGAAGAUUCGGGAACUCGGCUGCCCUGGGAGCUGACAGGGUCCAGCUUUGGAAGGUUUGCUAGUCUCUGCCUGGAGAUAGUUUGCACCCCAUCUUCUGGUGUCCUCCUGCACUUGGGCAAAUCUCCACCCAGUUUGGGACCGGCGCUCCCCACAGCCAGGCUGGUGAAGUGACGCUGACCGUGCCCAGACACACCUCUGUGACUGGAUCCGUCCUGGGUGCAGCGCGUGGUUUCUGCACCUCGUGGGCAGCUGUUCUUCCCACCUCCCACAGCCCCUUCUCUCCAAGUUGCAGAAGAGACCUGUGCCUCCCCACCCCCAUGCUCCACAGUCCCUCUGUGGGGACUCCCCGGCACGGCAAUAAAGAGUUUGCACUUGA